AUGGCCAACCUCUCAAGCCUCUGCCUGGACCAUGUCAUCCUCCUACUCCCUUAUGCCAUGCUCUCCGACCCACCAUCCUGGCUAACCGACAACUUCACCAUCAGCCCGGGCGGCCAACACGCCGAUGGCAAGACGGAGAAUAGGCUCGUGUUGUUUCGGGACGGAACCUACCUGGAGCUCAUUGCCUUCAUCAACGACGACCCCGAGAAACGCAAAGGCCACUGGUGGGAUAAGCCGUACGGAGUAGUUGACUAUGCAUUCACGACUUCGAAUCUGGACUAUGAUGGCAUCACCAGCCGGCUCUCAAAGAGCGGUACAGCCAUUUCGUACGAGAAGCCCAGGGCUGGUGGGAGAGUUACGCCGGAUGGCAAGGAGUUAAAGUGGGAGGUUACGUUUCCCACCGGAGUCGAGCGAGGGAACAUACCGUUCUUCUGUACAGAUGUCACACCCAGAGAGCGCCGCGUUGCUGCGACUGAAGAGAACAUUACGCAUCUUUCUGGCGUCCUAGGUAUGGCGGGUAUGCUUCUUGAGAUCGAGAAGGACGGCCUUGGACCGGUGGCGAAAGUGCUGGCGGCCGUUCUGGAUCAGACGCCACCAGCGCAAGAUGGCCACCUGGACGUGCUGGCUCCGAAUGAUGUCGAGAAGCUGAACCGAGCUUCAGUGGUGAUGCAAGAGGCUCCAAGUGACAGCGACAAGCCGCUUGCGCUCACGCUGCGACUUCAGACCGCUGAGCAUGAGGACAAGAAGGCGAUCCAAGAGCCGAUUGAUGAUGGCGUUGUGUCAAUCAGCUUCGAGUGA